UGUGAAAACAAAAAGCAAAAAUGUCAGGGGAAGGAUUUGGAUGCCAUUAUCCUGGUAACCCAGCAGGUUUUGGGCAAGUACGUUAAGAAGCCUCCACUCACGGAGAAGCUGUUGAAGAAGCCACCAUUCCGUUUCCUAAUGGAUGUUUUUAACAACUUUAUUAAGCAAACCGGCAAGUUUGAAGGAUUAUAUUCGAUGGAGGAGCAGACUUUUGAGAAUAUAAGCAGUCGGGAGGAUAAAGUACGAUUCCUGCAAAAGAUGAUCGACGCAAUAAAACUAACAACCAAAAUGGAACUAAAAGUUCGGACUUCAAAAAUAGUUGCUGGGCAGGAGCCAGAGCUCACAAACGAGCUUCUCCAAGCAAUGGCUAGUGUGGCGGAAAAGAAUUUGGAGUGGGACAGCGUUGUAGACCAGGUGGUAAUUGCCCAUAGCAAAACACCUCUUGCCAUAACGAAACCCACAAAGGAAACUAAAAAUUCUAGCAAGAAUCCAUCGCCAGCUGGCAAGGAGGACGACUUAAAGAAACGCAAGGAGAAACGCAUAUCACCGCAAGAGCAAAAGCUACGCAAGGAACAGGCAUCUCGAUCUACACCUCCAACUGAGAAAGAUAAGGCAUCCCAGAAAAAGUCAAAGGUACCCAAGGAAGAAGGAAAAAUAAGUCGACAGAAUUCCAAACAAAAGAGUCCUUCGCCAGUUAAACUAAAGUCGAAAACCAAGGUGCAGCUUUCUACAGAAAGCGACAAUCCCAGCAUGUCAAUGUCGCCAGUUCCAGGAGGCGGAGCAGCUCCUGAAAAUGUGCCCGCUAAGCCAGAGAAGGAAACUGUUUCUCCCUCAAAAAGAAGUGAAGCAUCAAUAGAACCUGUCCAGGACUCUCCACCGGCUCCGUUGGCCCCACCAGCUGAGCCAGAGAGUCGAAAAUCCUCUGGCAGGAGUCGCCGUUCUAGUGGCAGUAAUAGACAACCACAGCCCAUCACGGACGAUAAUCAUUCCCAGCCAACAGUGCAAUCGUCAGAAACUAAAUCUGCGCCGGAUACCAACAAAAGUGAGGUGAAGCGGGAGACACCUAUCUCCAGGGAGAACUCUAAAGAAUCUAAUCAACGUCCCAGAACCUCACUAAGACCUCCAUCCGCUCGACCCGCCUCUGCACGUCCUGGAGCGCCACGACGUCGCAACGUAGAGAUCGUACUUCAACCAAACGACCAAGUUAAGAUGUCUGGAAUAAAUGUUAAACUAGAAACCUUUGGUGACUUAGAUGAUGAUGGAGAGAAUCUGGUGAUAAUAGAAGAUGCCCACUCUCAUGACAUUGUUCAAGGUGGAGGAGGUGCCGAAGAGCCAGCUUCGGAGGGUCAGGUCGAUGCUCAGGGACGACUGGUUCAGCAGAUCCUGGAAACCCAAAAGGAAUUGGUUCAUCAAAACGCGGAAGUGGAGCCUCCACAAAGUCAAGCAGCUCGUCAAAGUUCUGCUCGCCAGGUGAACGAUCUGCGCGAUGCUAUCCAAAAUCUGACCAAGGCGAUUAAUCCACUGGGUAAACUUCUUAACUUUAUACCCGAAGACAUCGAUGCUAUGCAACUUGAGUUAACUAUGUGGCGUGACAGGUACACUCAGGCCUCAACGGAACUGAAAAGGGAGCAAAGUCUUGCUGCCUCCUCCACGGAACCCUUGAAGCACCAGCUGCAGCAACUCGAUGCCAGCAUUGCUGAGUACGAGGAGCUCAUCGACGAAAGCCGCCACAAGAUCCUGCAAAACAAUGCCCGAAUUCUGAAGAUGAUGAUGGAACAGUAA